AAGGCUCUUCUGAGCUCAGCGCUCGCGCACAUCCCGUCGUCAGCCAUGUUGUUUGUCUGACAGCGUACAGCAACAGGUUGUCAAAGAUUCUCAAUAAAACACUGCAUAAAAUCUUUAAAGAAACACUGAAAGCCGAUUGUCGUCACCUUAAUUCAGAGGACAAUGGAAAUGGAUAUGUUUCCCUCCCAGGAGAUUUCGCAAAGUCAAUAAUGCUGUUGUGUAAUAUGACUGAGCUAGCCAGCUGAGACGAGGAGAUCAGGACCGCUCUCCUCAUAUCCCUGCCACCUGCAGCCAUGAAUGGCGGUCGGAGUAUUUGGGCUAUAACCCCAGAGGAGAGGGACAAACAUGAUCAGAAGUUUGAUACCCUCUCGCCAGUACAGGGCUUUGUUACAGCGGAGAAGGCACGAAACUUCUUCAUUCAAUCAGGGCUUCCUCAGUCUGUGCUAGCUGAGAUAUGGACCCUGGCUGAUAUGAAUAAAGAUGGUAGAAUGGACCGGCUGGAGUUUUCUAUAGCCAUGAAGCUGAUCAAGAUGAAACUGCAGGGACAGAAUCUUCCUACAGCUCUGCCUAUCAUCAUGAAGCAGCCACCUGUGCCAGCUCCAACCAUGCCAGCAACACCUCUCGGAAUGGGAACUAUGCCAAAUGUACCCAUGAUGCCCAACAUGCCCAUUCUGACCCCUAUACCAAUGACCACCAUGAGCCCUAUGCCGGGCAUGACUCCCAUGAUGGGCACAGGUCUGUCGGUGCCAGUGAUUCCCAACAUCAGCACUCCAGCCCUGCCUAAUGGACCUAUUGCCAUUCUACAUCCAACCCCCAUCCCUCUCACCUCCACUCUCCCGCUGUCAAGUUCCUUUUCCUCUUCUCCACUGGGCUUCUCCGCCACUCCAAUGAACAAGACCUCAUCUUUGCUGGACCUGGGCUCGAGCAGCUCAAACUCCUCCCCCUCCACAUCGUUGGCCAGCAACUCUCCUAAGGGCGGCCCCUCUGAUUGGGCCGUCCCACAGGCAUCACGGCUCAAAUACAGGCAGCAGUUUAACAGCCUGGAUAAACAAAUGAUCGGUUAUUUAACAGGUCCUCAAGUAAGAACUGUAAUGGCUACAACAUUGCUUACUCAGACCCAGCUAGCUGCCAUCUGGAAUCUGGCUGAUGUGGAUAAGGAUGGCAAACUGAAGGCCGAUGAGUUUAUUCUUGCCAUGCAUUUGGUAGAUAUGGCUAAAAUGGGACAGCCACUGCCUAUGGCACUUUCUACAGACUUGGUGCCCCCAUCACUGAGGGGAAAGAUAGGUGACUCUGUAAAUGGAACCACUCCCUCGAUCUAUGCAAGUCUGGCUGAGGAUCUCUAUGAAUCUGAGCCUCCACAGAAAUCAAGGAACAAUUUGACUUUUGAAGAUAAGUUUAAGAAAAACAUGGAGAUAGGAAAUGCUGAGUUGGAGAAGCGCCGACAGGCCCUGCUGGAGCAGCAGCGCAGGGAGGAGGAGAGGAGAGCACAGAAGGCCAGAGAGGAGCAAGAGAGGAGAGAGAGGGAGGCACGAGAGCUGGAACUGAAGAGGAAGAGGGAAGAGGAGCUCAGACUGGAGCGACAGAGGGAGCUGGAGAGACAGAGAGAGGAGGAGAGACUCAAAGAGCUGGAGAGGAAGGAGGCAGCUAAGAAGGAGCUGGAGCGCCAACGGCAGAUUGAGUGGGAGAGAAGGAGAAAGCAAGAGCUCCAAAACCAGAAGAGUGAGGAGCAGGAGGAGAUCAUCAAGCUCCGAGCCAAGAAGAGAAGUCUCGAGAUGGAGCUGGAGGCUGUGGGCAACAAGCAGAAACAAAUUUCUGACAAGCUCCGAGAUGCUCAAGGCAAAAAGAGAAUCCAUAAAAACGAGCUGGAAAUGAUCAACCAGAAAAGAGACUCCUGCAUCACUGAAAUCAACAUUCUGCAGAAACAGUUAGAGGAAUUUAAGAGAAAGUUGGGACAGUCGACCACAGAACAGCAAAAACUCAACGACAGACUCCACAGCCUGAGUCUUAACAAUCUGCCUACGGCAACAGUGAAGACUUUACAGAGGAAUAUGGAAGAGAAGGAUCUUACCUGUCGAAAGCUUAAAGAACAGCUUAAUGUUGUGGAGAAGGAGACUGCAGCAAAAUUAGCAGACAUGGAUCAGUAUAAGAAAGAAAUCCAGGAUCUCAGAGAGAGCCAGAGGAUGCAAGAGUCUGCUUUGGAAAAACUUCGCAACAUUAAGGAAGAAAAAAUUCGAGAACUAAAGAAACGCAAGCAGGAGGAACUGGAAAAAAAGAGGAGAGAAGAGGAAGAGCAAAAACGCAUCAAACUGGAGAAGGAGCGGCAGUGGCAGGAGAAACUGCGUCGUGAUGAGGAGGAGAAACAGAGGAGAAUGCAGGAGGAGAGAGAGGCCAAACUUCGUGAGGAGGAGGAGAGGGAGAGACAAGCUCGUUUACAGGCUGCUAAAGAACAAGCGGAACGAGAGCGCAAGGCCCGGGAGGAGGAGGAGAGGAGGCGCAGGGAGGAGGAGGAAGAAAGGAGAGAACAAGAGAGGCAGAGACUUGAGGAGAAAAGGAGGCAGGAGGAAGAGGAGGACCGCAGACGGCGAGAUGAAGAAAGGAGGAAACUCGAGGAGGAGAGGAAAAAACUAGAGGAAGAAAGGAAAAAACUGGAGGAGUUAAGAUUGGAGGAGGAGAGGAAGCGCGAGGAGCGAAAAAGGGCAGAGGAGGAGCAGAGGAGGAAAGAGGAGGAGAGACGAGAAGAGGAGAGAAGAAGGGAGCGUGAAGAGGAGGAGAGGAGGCGACAUCGUGCACAAGAGGCUGCCAUGAGAGAUGCAGAGGAGAGGAAGAGACUAGAAGAAGAGAGAAAGAGAAAAGAGGAAGACCGUAAAAGGCAGGAAGAGGAGGACAUGAGGCGUCGAGAGGAGGAGCAAAAGAAACAGGAUGAAGAGAGGAAGAGGAAACAGCAAGAGGAAGAAGCAACAGCUGCAAGGCUGAGAGUCGAAGAACAGAACAAGAAGACCACUGUCAAAUCAGACAUUGUUGCUGCUCUUCUGCGUGGCCUGGAAGAGAGGAAGGGCAGCAAACAUCCUCUUGGCACACAGCACAGAAGAUCAGCAGCAUUGACGACGUUUAAAGCCCUCUACCCUUUCACUGCUAGAAACGAUGAUGAGCUCUCCUUCGAAAGCGAUGACCUGAUUGAGGUGGAUGAGAGCGUAGAGCGAGAGCAGGGCUGGCUGUACGGCAGUCGGCAAGGGAAGAUGGGCUGGUUCCCUGAGAGCUAUGUGGAGAAGCAGGCCAAAUCCGAGGCUCCACUCGUGGCCAAACAAGCCCUGAAGCCACAGGUCUCCAUUUCUGUCAGCAAACUGAGUGACGGACAGAGUGGAUCACGGCUGAACUCCGCUUUCACCCCCACCCAUGCCACAGGCUCUGCCUCUUCCAGCCAUGGUCAGGUGGUGGGGAAUGUGCAAGCUCAGGCUCUGUGCUCUUGGACUGCAAAGACGGACAACCAUCUCAACUUCUCCAAAGAUGAUGUGAUCACAGUUCUGGAGCAGCAGGAGAACUGGUGGCUGGGAGAGCUCAGUGGGGUUAAGGGGUGGUUCCCCAAAACCUAUGUUACAGUGCUGAGCGCCAGUGAUACACAAGCAGAUUCUUCUGAUGCUUCCGAUACGGCAGAUGGAUCCAACUAUGAAGAAUACGUGGCGCUGUACACUUACGAGAGCCCUGAGCCUGGAGACCUGACCUUCACUGAGGGAGACACCAUCCUGGUAUCCGAGAGAGAAGGGGAGUGGUGGAGAGGCAGCAUCGGAGACAGAUCAGGAGUCUUCCCCUCUAAUUACGUCAAGCCAAAGGAGACUGAUACAUCAAGUCUCUCUGGAAAACUUGGAAUGCCAGGGAAGAAACCAGAAGUGGCCCAGGUGACCACUGCACACACUGCAGCAGGUGCAGAGCAGUUAAAUCUCGCUCCAGGCCAACUCAUCCUCAUUCUCACCAAGAACUCCUCCGGCUGGUGGCUCGGGGAACUGCAGGCCAGGGGGAAGAAGCGUCAGAAGGGCUGGUUCCCUGCUUCGCAUGUCAAGCUCCUGGGCUCAAACAGCGGCAAAUCUACACCUGCAUCUGCGGCUGGUGAGAAACAGCACAAGUAUCCAGGAUUGAUUUAUUUCUCUCUGGAUCUCUCCUCAUCGCUCUCUCUGUUCUUCCUCCCUAUAGUCGGCCAAGUCACUGCCAUAUACGACUACACCGCAGCGAACGAGGACGAGCUGAGCUUCUCGAAGAGUCAAAUUAUCAAUGUGCUGGACAAAAGCAAUCCUGACUGGUGGAAAGGAGAACUCAAUGGGGUCACAGGCUUGAUUCCUACCAACUAUGUGAAAGUGGCCACCUCAGAUUCUGACCCCAGUCAGCAGUGGUGUGCUGACCAGACCACUUUGGAUUUAAUGAGCCCGCAGGAGAAGAAACGACAAGAUUACAUUCAUGAGCUCAUUCAAACUGAGGAGAAAUACAUGGAAGACCUACAGCUGGUCCUAGAGGUCUUCCACAAGCCCAUGUCUGAAUCAGGCCGUCUCACUGAGGCUGAAAUGAACAUGAUAUUUGUCAACUGGAGGGAGCUUAUCCAGUGCAGCUCCAAGAUGCACAAGGCCCUGAAGGCAAGGAAAAAAAUGGGAGGAGACAACAUGCCUGUUCACAUGAUCGGGGACACCAUGGCCUCUGAGCUGUCACACAUGCAGGCCUAUAUCCGCUUCUGCAGCUGCCAGCUGAAUGGUGCCACGCUGCUGCAACAGAGAACUGAUCAGGAGCCAGACUUCAAAACUUUCCUUAAGAAAAUUGCAACAGACUACCGUUGUAAAGGAAUGCCUUUGUCCAGCUUUUUACUCAAACCUAUGCAAAGGAUCACCCGCUACCCUCUCCAUAUUAAAAAUAUCUUGGAAUAUACUCCAGAGAGUCAUGUGGACUAUGUGCAGUUGCUAGAGGCUUUGGAGAAGGCAGAGCUGCUGUGCUCUCAGGUGAACGAGGGCGUAAGGGAGAAGGAGAACUCAGAAAGGCUGGAGUGGAUCCAAUCCCAUGUGCAGUGUGAAGGCAUCACAGAGAAUCUGACCUUCAACUCUCUAACCAACUGCCUGGGUCCUCGUAAAUUGCUACACAGCGGGAAGGUGUUUAAGACCAAAAGCAAUAAGGAGUUAUAUGCCUUUUUGUUCAACGACUUUCUGCUGUUUACUCAAGCUGUCAGGCAGUUCACUUCUUCAGGAACAGACAGGCUCUUCAACCCUAAAUCCAACACCCAGUACAAGAUGUAUAAGACGCCUGUGUUCCUAAAUGAAGUUCUGGUGAAGCUUCCGUCAGAUCCGUCCAGUGAUGAGCCCAUCUUCCACAUUUCCCACAUAGAUCGCGUGUACACACUGAAGACCGAGAACAUUAACGAGAGGACUGCAUGGGUUCAGAAGAUCAAAACUGCAUCAGAAGAAUUCCUUGAGAUGGAGAAGAAAAAACGGGAAAAAGCCUAUCAGUCUCGAUCAAUGAAGGCAAGUGGAAUUGGUCGACUGCUUGUCACCAUUUUGGAGGCAACGGAGCUAAAAUCCUCCAAACCAAAUGGAAAGAGUAAUCCAUACUGUGAAGUGACCAUGGGUUCUCAAGGCUUCACUUCUCGAACCAUCAAUGACACUUCCAACCCCAAGUGGAACUUCAAUUGUCAGUUUCAUAUUAAAGACCUAUAUCAAGAUGUCCUCUGCAUUACGAUAUAUGAGCGGGAGCAAUUUUCACCAGAUGACUUCUUAGGUCGCACUGAAGUUCCUGUAGCCACUAUUAAGAAAGAGCUUGAGAAUAAAGGUCCGUCCACCAGGAGGCUGCUGCUUCAUGAAGUUCCCACUGGAGAGGUUUGGGUUCGGCUUGACCUGCAGCUGUUUGACCACAAAGCCCCCUAAUGACGAAGAAAGAAGAUGAUCCUUCGAAACUGCACUUCAAGCACAGCGUCUCACCACUAACUCAAGAUUUUCAAGAUUGACCUUUGCCUUAAGGUGUUCUCAACUUAUGUGGAACAUACUAACAAAUGUGUGACAAUAGGGAAGACAAGUUAUGAUUCACAACUUUGCCAAGUUUUGCGCUUUUUUUACCAAGUGACAUGGGAAUUCGAUUGUUUGUUUGUUUUAUUGCCUAAAUAAUUUUACCACUGGAUGCAGAGAUUUCUCAGGACCUAUAUUUUGCUUCAAAUAUACUGUCUUUUAUUGCUGUAUUAAAAGCUAUAUUUGUUAUAAUCGUAAUUUGCCUAGAUCUGAAGUUGAUGAGAACUUUUUGUGAACUUGAAUAUUCUCAUGAGGAACACUAAACCAGGUGGUGUUGUUGCUUUAAUUAAUUAUCUGUCUGCCUUACCUGCCAAUUCUUCCAUUUAACUUCACCGUUAAAGACAUAAUUUGCACCAGCCAACUGAUCCAGCCAACUUUAAAAUCUUAUAACAGCUUAUUUGUCUGUGUAACAAGAAAGGAACUUAUUUUGCAGAGCUUACUAGUUUUUAUUUACGAAGGUACAAAUGAGGUGACUAACAAGGGAUUAUUGGUUAAAGGUCUAAUAACUGUUGAUUUUUGUGUGCUUGACUGAGUUUUAUUUAUGUUAAUUUAUGCGUCUUUGACUAUCUGCACAUUUUACGCUGCCCAGUAUAUCUGGAUUGCCAUAAAGCAUUCAGAUAAGGUCUUAAUAGUGUAUAUUUUUGCUGAGUUGGAGUAGUAUGAAUGUUUACUCAAGAGACUGAGUCCCUGAGUUUGUCUUUUAGGUUUAUUUGUUUGAGUUUUAAAUAUACAUGUAAUAAAGUUUGUUGAAUAUUCUGCAAAUGUUUUUUCCCCUCACCCUUUUUCCCUUUCUCUAUCCUUUGCUAGGUUUUGUUCUUCAUUAUAGCCAAGUAUUCGUUUUGAGAAAAGCUCUAGUAUUGUAUUAUACUAAAGGCAUCUAAGCACAAAUAUGCAACAAAAUCAGGUUUCAGAUGCAAAUAAAAUUAAUUUGAAAAUGU